UGAGAAGGGGGCGUGGCAGGAAGUUGGAAGUCGCACAAGAAGGCGAGGUGCAGCUUGGCAUAAUGGUGGACUCCCACUACGUUCUGCCCAAUGACAUUGGGAUUGCGACGCUGGAUUGCGCCGAAGCUUUCGAGCUCUUGUCACUGGAAGAAAAAUGCUAUGCUCACUAUUUGUCGCGAGCUUGCUGGUAUGGCGGGCUCGUGGUCCUGUUGCAGACGUCCCCGGAAUCACCCACAAUCUAUGUCCUCCUCUCACGCAUUUUCCGAGCCCAGGACCCGCGUCAGUUGGAAGAGCUGGCCCGUUCGCUCGGUCUCACGGAGGAAGAGUAUCAGGCGUUUCUGGUGUACGCAGCAGCCGUCUACGCCAACAUGGGCAACUAUAAAUCCUUUGGCGACACCAAAUUCGUCCCCAGCCUUCCCAAGGAGAAACUGAAGCAGCUGGUGUGGGCAAGCCAGGCGUUUUUACAAAACCCAGAAGAGAUGGCAGCUUUGUGGGAGAGCUGCGGGAAGCUCAUGUUCUCCCUGGAACCCCUUCAGAGGCAUUUAGGGCUCAGUGGUGAGGGGGUGUCCACAUACUUCUCUGCAAAUUGUUCCAUGGAAGAUGCAAAGCUGGCUCAGAAAUUCCUGGAUUCUCAGAACCUCAGCGCGUACAACACCAGGCUUUUUAAGACAGAGGAAGGAGAGAAAACCAACUACCAAGUUCGUUUGGCUUCGGUGCUUCUCGAUGAACCCCAACUUGAUGAGAUGACGGCCAAAAAGAAGUAUUUCCAGUUUGAUGGCUGCACGUUUACUGUGACCCGAGGCGAUUACGCCCCGAUUCUGCAGAGGGUUGUGGAAAACCUGCGGAAAGCACAGCAACAUACCGCCAGCCCCAUUCAGACAGAGAUGUUGGAGCACUACAUAACCAGCUUCAAGCAGGGGUCCAUCCCAGCCCACAAAGAAGGGUCUCGCUGCUGGAUUCGUGACAAAAGCCCCAUUGUGGAAAGCUACAUUGGAUUCAUCGAAAGCUACCGAGAUCCGUACGGUUCCCGGGGGGAAUUUGAAGGUUUUGUAGCGGUGGUGAACAAAGCCAUGAGCGCCAAGUUUGCCCAGCUGGUGGCCCAAGCAGAACACCUGCUGGAAGAGCUGCCUUGGCCCCGCGCCUUCGAGAAGGACCACUUCCUGAAGCCCGAUUUCACCUCCCUUGAUGUGUUGACCUUUGCCGGAAGCGGGAUUCCCGCAGGCAUCAACAUCCCGAAUUAUGACGACAUCCGCCAGACGGAGGGCUUCAAGAACGUCUCGCUGGGGAAUGUGCUGGCGGUCGCCUACGCCACCCAGAAGGAGAAGCUCACCUUCCUGGCCGAGGAGGACAAAGAUCUCUACAUCCAGUGGAAAGGCCCCUCUUUUGAAGUCCAAGUUGGUCUCCACGAACUUCUCGGUCACGGCAGCGGGAAGCUGUUUGUCCAGGAUGACUCGGGAGCUUUCAAUUUUGACCAGACUGCAGUGAUCAACCCAGAGACAGGAGAAUUGAUUCGGAGUUGGUACCAAGCCGGGGAGACCUGGGACAGCAAGUUCUCAAGCGUGGCGUCAAGUUACGAGGAGUGCCGGGCGGAGUGUGUGGGUCUCUACCUCUGUUUGAACAAAGAUGUGUUACGGAUCUUUGAACUGAAAGGGGAAGAUGCUGAAAACGUGAUCUAUAUUAACUGGCUGAACAUGGUCCGGGCAGGACUGUUGGCUCUGGAAUUCUACACGCCCGAAUCUGGGACGUGGCGGCAGGCUCACAUGCAAGCCCGCUUUGUCAUUUUAAGAGUGCUGCUGGAGGCUGGCGAGGGUCUGGUGUCCCUGCACCACACCACAGGGACAGAUGGCAAGCCUGACGCGGUCGUCUUGCUGGACCGCACCAAGAUCGCCACAGUGGGAAAACCGGCUCUGGAACGUUUCCUCCGGAAGCUGCAGGUGCUGAAAUCCACCGCAGACGUCGAAGGGGGACGGAAACUUUACGAAGCCUAUUCGACGGUGACGGAUGACAAACCGGAACGCUUCCUAAGCCUGCGGGAGACAGUGCUGUUGCGCAAGGAAGCGCGGAAGCUGUUUGUGCAAGCCAACACCCGGCUGGAGGGAGGCAAAGUGCAACUUACUCAGUACGAAGCCAGCGCGGCGGGGCUGAUCCGAUCCUUCUGCGACCGCUUCGCCGAAGAUGCUGAGGUCCUAGAACGGGAGCUGCUGGAGCAGAUUCGGGCCGAUGCUCAUUUUUGGGAAACUUAAGGCUGCUGGGUGGGCAGGCCUCGGCCCCCCCAUCCCCAGGGAACCCUCCUGAUGUCGGCAGGUCCGUUCUCCCCCCGUCGCCCUCAGAAAUGGGGCGCUCCCAGGCCAAUGAUCUUGGGGGGAAUCAUCCUGCUAAGAACCCAAUAAACCUAAAUUUUCUAAA